AUGAAUGGUCUUCCAGAAGAAAAGAAUGUGUUUGCAAUCUCUCUUCUCCCUUGGUACCGCACCGCAGUGAAACAGCACGAGGAGGGGGAAUUUUUCUCUGCAGUGUGGCUCCUUCUCUUCGACCGAUUCCCCUCUCCGCCUGGAGACCCAAUGACACCAGAGUAUCAACUUACUACUCGCAUUGAAAUGGAUGAGUUUGAGUUAGCAGUCAUGAUAUAUGGCUUCCACCCAGAUUAUAGGGAUGUUCCGCCUUCCAAAGGGGAUUGGAGACCUCACAUUGAACUUCCAGCUGAUCGUAAACGACGGCGCAAGGAAUGGCGGGCUAGAAAUGCGGGAGAACCUACAGAACAUCAGUAUAUUGUAGCUUUCGAGGACUACGACGAUUUAAUCUUGGAGGCUGAGUACACUGACCUCGAGGGCUACUUGUACUACUAA